UACUAAUAUAUGACAUACAAUUUGGCUGGGAUAUUUCAAUUUUUCCCGGGUCGCUAUCUGUAACCAAUGGAUUUUUUAAUGUUCUUUUUCUAAAACUAAUCGAGGCUGCAAGCAACAUCGACCAACAUGGAUAAAGUUCUGAUUUUUUCAGUAAUUCUCAUUAGUAUGGUCUACUUACCAGAUAUACUGAACUGCAUGCCAGUAUUUCCUAUGGAAAUCGAAGGAUAUGAGAAAGAUUGUGUCAAUUAUAGUUGCCGCUACACCGGGAGAAUUGUAGGGCACGUUGACAUCUAUGAAGAGAACACAACUCUUCCCGUGGAAUGGGGAUGGACGAUAAGUAUUCUCGUUUGUCGAAGAAUAUAUGAUUGCUCCGAUGGCACAGAAUAUUGGACACUUUACUGUGAUAUAUUCUGGCUUAUUGACCCACUUGAUUGCGUAACGCACCCAAUCCAGCCCUGUUACUGCUCUGGAACUUUUCCCAUGAAAUUCAAGUUUUACCCUCAUCUUGAAAAUGCUUACUAUCGGCUUGCGGGACUUAACGAAAUGGAAUACCUGCCACUGAAGCCACAUAAUGUCGGCAAAGCAUUUGAUUCUAGGGUUCCCUCAGGUGUGUGGGAUCCAGUUGUUAAACCCUGGUACUGGAAUGCAGGACUGGAUGCAUCAACGAACGGAGCACGCCAUUUACAUUCAGAGUUCGUCUUCUUGGGUAUCGGAGCUCUGUGUGCCAUCUUACUAGCCUAGAUACAAAUUGCUGAGAAACAACAUCGUAGGCCUACUUAUCGAGGGCGUUGGGUGUUUGUAAUUUUGUAAAGGUGUAUGUCAAGGCUGGGGGGGGGG